AUGGAGGAGCAUUACUUCACCGUUAAUUUCAACCAUGAGAACCAGAAGACUCUGGAGCUGAGGACUGAGGAUGCCAAGGACUGUGACGAGUGGGUGGCAGCAAUAGCACGUGCCAGCUACAGGACCCUGGCGACGGAGCACGAGGCGCUGAUGCAGAAGUACCUCCAUCUCCUGCAGAUCGUGGAAACGGAGAAGACGGUUGCCAAGCAACUCCGCCAGCAGAUCGAGGACGGGGAGAUCGAGAUCGAGCGCCUGAAGGCCGAGAUUGCCUCCCUGCUGAAGGACCACGAGCGCAUCCAGGCCGGCCAGACCAGCGCGCCCAGCGACGAUGACAGUGACAUCAAGAAAAUCAAGAAGGUGCAGAGCUUCCUGCGGGGCUGGCUGUGCCGCAGGAAGUGGAAGACCAUCAUCCAGGACUACAUCAGGUCCCCCCACGCCGACAGCAUGCGCAAGAGGAACCAGGUGGUGUUCAGCAUGCUGGAGGCCGAGGCCGAGUACGUCCAGCAGCUCCACAUCCUGGUCAACAACUUCCUGCGGCCGCUGCGCAUGGCAGCCAGCUCCAAGAAGCCUCCCAUCACACAUGACGAUGUCAGCAGCAUAUUCCUCAACAGCGAAACGAUCAUGUUUUUGCAUCAAAUCUUUUACCAAGGCCUGAAGGCCAGGAUCUCCAGCUGGCCAACACUCGUGCUGGCUGACCUGUUUGACAUCCUGCUGCCCAUGCUGAACAUCUACCAGGAGUUUGUGAGGAACCACCAGUACAGCCUGCAGAUCCUGGCACACUGCAAGCAGAACCGGGACUUUGACAAGUUGCUGAAGCACUAUGAGGCCAAGCCUGACUGUGAGGAGAGGACCCUGGAGACCUUCCUGACCUACCCCAUGUUCCAGAUCCCCCGGUACAUCCUGACGCUGCACGAGCUGCUGGCCCACACCCCCCACGAGCACGUGGAGAGGAACAGCCUGGAUUAUGCCAAGUCUAAGCUGGAAGAGCUCUCCAGGAUCAUGCACGAUGAAGUGAGCGAGACCGAAAACAUUCGGAAAAACCUGGCGAUAGAGCGGAUGAUUAUUGAAGGGUGUGAGAUCCUGCUGGACACCAGCCAGACCUUCGUGAGACAAGGAUCCCUGAUCCAGGUGCCGAUGUCAGAGAAGGGGAAGAUCCCGCGGGGCCGGCUGGGCUCCCUCUCGCUGCGGAAGGAGGGCGAGCGGCAGUGCUUCCUCUUCUCCAAGCACCUGAUCAUCUGCACCAGGGGCUCCGGGGGAAAGCUGCAUCUCACCAAGAACGGCGUCAUCUCCCUCAUCGACUGCACGCUGCUGGAGGAGCAGGAGAGCACCGACGAGGACGCAAAAGCAUCAGGGCAAGACAUUGACCACCUCGACUUCAAAAUUGUGGUGGAGCCCAAAGAUUCCUCCUCUUUUACCGUCAUUCUUGUGGCCUCAUCCAGGCAGGAGAAAGCUGCAUGGACCAGUGACAUCAGCCAGUGUGUGGACAACAUCCGCUGCAACGGGCUCAUGAUGAACGCCUUCGAGGAGAACUCCAAGGUCACUGUCCCCCAGAUGAUCAAGUCUGAUGCCAGCUUGUAUUGUGAUGAUGUUGACAUUAGGUUCAGUAAAACGAUGAAUUCCUGCAAGGUCCUGCAGAUCCGCUAUGCGAGCGUGGAGCGGCUCCUGGAGCGGCUGACGGACCUGAGGUUCCUGAGCAUUGACUUUCUGAACACGUUCCUGCAUUCGUACCGUGUCUUCACCACCGCCCUGGUUGUCCUUGACAAGCUCAUCACUAUCUACAAGAAGCCCAUCAGUGCCAUCCCUGCACGGUCCCUGGAGCUCCUGUUUGCCAACAGCCAGAACAACAAGCUGCUGUACGGCGAGCCCCCCAAGUCCCCCCGAGCCAACCGCAAGUUCUCCUCACCUCCCCCCCUCUCCAUCACCAAGUCCUCCUCCCCCAGCCGGCGGAGGAAGCUCUCCCUCAACAUCCCCAUCAUCACCGGAGGGAAGGCGCUGGACCUGGCCGCCCUGAGCUGCUCCUCCAAUGGCUAUGCAAGCAUGUACUCCUCCAUGGCACCCUUCAGCAAGACCACCCUGGACAUCAACAAACUCCGGCGGAGGAAGCUCUCCCUCAACAUCCCCAUCAUCACCGGAGGGAAGGCGCUGGACCUGGCCGCCCUGAGCUGCUCCUCCAAUGGCUAUGCAAGCAUGUACUCCUCCAUGGCACCCUUCAGCAAGACCACCCUGGACAUCAACAAACUGUACGUGUCCAGUAACUAUCCCAAUAAAAUCCCAGACGAGGGAGAAGCAGCCUCAGAAAAGCAAGAGGAGCCCUUGCAGAGCAAGCAAAGCUCAGAGGUGUCGGUCAGGGAGGAGUCGGACACAGAUCCCAACCAGAGCGAUGAAGCAGAAGCUGAAGCUUCCCCAACAAAAUCUCCAACCACUCCGAAGACUGUCAAGUGCAAAAAUUCCUCAGAUUUCUCGUUGUUUUCUUACAACAACGGGGUGGUGAUGCCGUCCUGCCGGGAGCUGGACAGCACCCGCAGCGCCCUCUCCGCUGCCUCCGCCUUCGCCAUCGCCACGGAGGGAGUCAACGAGGGCACCCCCACCAAGGAGAAGUACCGCAGGAUGUCCCUGGCCAGCGCAGUUUCAGGCUUCCCGACAGACCAGCGGAACGGAGACAAGGAGUUUGUGAUCCGGAGAGCAGCCACCAACCGCGUCCUGAACGUGCUGCGGCACUGGGUCUCCAAGCACUCCCAGGACUUUGAAACCAACGAGGAGCUGAAGUUCCGAGUGAUUGGCUUCCUGGAGGAGGUUAUCCAUGAUCCCGAGCUCCUGACCCAGGAGAGGAAAGCAGCUGCCAACAUCAUCAGGACCUUGACACAGGAGGAUCCAGGAGACAACCAGAUAACCCUCGAGGAGGUCGUGCAGAUGGCUGAGGGAGUCAAAGCAGAACCUUUUGAAAACCACUCGGCCCUGGAAAUAGCAGAACAGCUGACACUGCUGGAUCACCUGGUCUUCAAGAAGAUCCCGUAUGAAGAGUUCUUCGGGCAAGGCUGGAUGAAGCUUGAGAAGAAUGAAAGGACUCCUUACAUCAUGAAGAACACGAAACACUUUAAUGAUGUCAGCAACCUGAUCGCCUCCGAGAUCCUGCGCAACGAGGAGCUGAACGCGCGGGCGAGCGCCAUCGAGAAGUGGGUGGCCGUGGCCGAUAUCUGCCGCUGCCUGCACAACUACAACGCCGUGCUGGAGGUCACCUCCUCCCUCAACCGCAGCGCCAUCUUCCGCCUGAAGAAAACCUGGCUCAAGGUCUCCAAGCAGACGAAAGCUCUGAUUGAUAAGCUCCAAAAGCUGGUGUCAUCGGAGGGCAGGUUCAAGAACCUGAGGGAGGCACUGAAAAAUUGUGACCCUCCGUGUGUCCCCUAUCUGGGAAUGUACCUGACUGACCUGGCGUUCAUUGAGGAGGGGACCCCGAAUUACACCGAGGAUGGCCUGGUGAACUUCUCCAAAAUGAGGAUGAUUUCACACAUCAUAAGAGAGAUCCGGCAGUUCCAGCAAACCUCCUACAAGAUUGAGCACCAGCCCAAGGUGACGCAGUACCUGCUGGACCACUCCUUUGUGAUGGACGAAGAAACCCUUUAUGAAGCUUCUCUGCAGAUGGAGCCCAAGCUGCCUUCCUGA